AUGACACUCGAGCCAAUCCCCCCGGUACCACCAACUCUCGCCCGCCUCACCGAGGCCGCAGAGGUAGCCUUCAUAACCGAACAAAACCGAGCAGCCAGCCAACUCUACCCAGACGAUGGAUUCAUUGCAGAGUCACUAGGAACUGGAGUUGUCGCUAUCACAAAGCCGUCCUUUUCACGGAUCAAGAUAUUGACACUUGAACGUCUGUUCAGAGGAAUCAAUCUACCCCCGUAUAUCAACCUGUGUCCCUUUUCGCACCCCACUGCACGACAAUUAUUCAAUGAACGGGGAUAUUUUGUCCGCGGUGCGAUAAGCGUCUACACUCUACCGUUGCAAGACUACGAGAACGACAAAAACGACAACGACGACAACAUCGAAAUAACCUGCGUGCAAGAUACCGAAAAGGCACUAUUCACCGAAUACUCCAUCACCGGCGCCAAAUCUCUCGGCCGCGCAGUUGAUCUUCUGGAAACACUAGCUAAAUGCGCCACUCUCCGGCCCGAUACGCGGUUGUACUUUGCGAAGAUUGACGGGCAGAUUGCCGGGAGCGCUGGACUGGCGUUUCUUACUACGCCGUUUGGCCAGGUCGCGGAGCUGUAUAUUGAUAGUACGGUUCCUGAAUUCCGAGGCCGCGGGGUCCAGACUGCCUUGUUGAGGGCGCGGUUGGUGGAGGCGAAGAAGGCUGGGGUUGAGAGGGCGGUUUUGAAUGCGAGACCUGGCGAGGGGAGUGCCAGGAAUGCGGAGCGUGUGGGAUUUCAGUUGGCGUAUGUGAAGGAUACGCUUACGAAGGUUGGUUGA